GCGCCGAGCGAGCGCUUAGGAAGACCCCUGGGCCUGUCCCGGGGGGCGGUAAUACCGCCACACUGGAGGUUAGGGGUCCUCUCCUGACCCUCAGCUAACACAUUUUCUUUACCUUUGUAAACUGGGAAGUGCAGUAACUUCCUUCACUGGGCAAAAUGCAGGACGCAAUAAAUGCUACUAUUGACGGAGGUGGACCCACGUGUCUCUCAAUUUUCAGGAUAACAGGAGCCCUCGGGCUCUGUUUCUGAGCUCUAACUCUGCUGCGGACCAGCAGCGUCGACAUAACCGAGGAGCUUGUCAGAAAUGUAGAAUCUCGGCCCCAGUCCAGACCUUUGGAAUCAGAAUGUGCAAUUGGCAAGAUCCCUGUGAAAGUUAAAAGUUUGGGAAGUCCUGCUCUGGGGCACACCAGCUUCCAUCACUCAUUGAGAGUCCACCUCGUGCUUAAAAGCUUGGAAUCUAUGCAAUCAGGCUUGGAAUUCUGACCCCAGGGAAUGAACCUUUCCGAGCCUCAGUUUACUGAAAAAUGGGCAUCAUAAUAGUACCACCUAACUCCUAGGGUUGUUGGAAAGAUUAAAUGUGGCAUUCAAGGAAAGCGCCCGGCACGACACAGUGAGCAGUCAGUGUUUGUUUUUCCUUUCUUCAUCAGCAAAUGUAUUGAACACCUACUAUGUGCUACACCUGUGCUAGUGUGGAGGUGAAUCAGGCUCUUUUGCAACCCUUUCUGGAGCAGCUUCCAGCCCACUCUGAGCCACACAGUGUCCUCAACUCUGCGUUUAGUGAACUCCCACUAUGUGCAAAAAACAGUCUCUGUCCUUGAAGAAAGUCACCUACUCCCACUGCCAGGAAAAUGCAGACCACCUCCCUAAAAGAGCAAACAUGGUUCCUGGAAUUCAGCAAACCCACAUCAGGAGUCCACUAACUUGCUUUGUGUUCUUGAGCAGCUUCAUUGCUGUUCUGGAUUUUAGUCACCUCAUCUGCAAAAUGAAGGGAUUAGAUCAGGUUAUCUUGAAGGUCAUCCUUCACUCUUGAAAAUCUGUGGUCUCACACUUUCAGGGAAACCAUUGCAGGAGAGACCACUCAAUUUAUAGUCCCAGAUACAGAGCCAGGGUUGGAAUUUCUUUACCCUGUGCCUUCUCUUCCCUUCCAGAACACCACACCUUUUCCUUCCGGUGUUGGUGGCACCUGCAGACCAGGCAGGUGGGAAAGCUUCCUAGUCCCUUGUCCCUCAUCUUGACUUGGGCCUAGGAUGGCAUUCAAGACAGAAGCCCAGGGAUGGCCAGGCAGGCUCUGCUGUGCCUACUCCUUUCCUGAUGUCAUAACUGGGUAACUAUGACAACCUUUUUAUGGGACACCUAAGCACUUCACAGAGGAGCCUGGGUGUCUCAUUUCUGAAGUGAGAUUAGGAAGAGAAGAUGAACAAUUCCUUGGAUUACCUGGCCUACCCUGUAAUCGUCUCUAAUCACAGGCAAAGCACAACCUUCAGGAGGAAACUGGACUUUGGCCACUACAUAUUUCACAAGAAUAGAAUACAAAUAGUGAAGCCUACUGUGGACACCAAACCUCCAGUGGCACAUACACAUCACAUUUUAAAAUUGAGCAAACUACAGGGCGAGCAAAAGAGAAUCGACAAGAUUGAAUACGAAAACAAGCAACUGUGUCAGAAAAUCGCAAAUGCCCACCGCGGCCCCGCCAGGGUGGACUGCUGGAACGAAUACUUUUCCAAGAGCUUAAACCGAGAAACAAGGAACCGGGAGCUAGUGAGAAUCACUGUGGAAAACCAGGGCAUUCUGAAGAGGCUUGGCGAUCGUAAACCCCACUAUGACCGCAGGACAUCCGAGAUAGACUGGCAGAAUUCAAGGCGCUAUAUCAGAAAUACAACAAGGUACCUUCUCUCCCAAGAUGAAUAG